AGGUUCUGGAGCGUACUUUGAAUAUAUCGAAUCGAACUUUAGCAACGCGGUUAGACAGAAACAGCCUUUGAUUUUAAAUUAAUGUUUGGUUGGCUGUAUUUAUACCUUAGUUGGUCAGUUGCAGUUAGUUGAAAGCUAAUUGAGCAGCGAACAUAAAAGCAUUGAGUCGAAGGAUUUAUUUUAACGGCAAUUUUAGCCAAUUGAUCUUGUUCGAUAUUCAGUGACCCUACAAUCUACUUGCUUUUUGCACAAAUUUAUGACUUCUAACAGUUUGCAUUUCGUUUGACUAUUAAGCGCUUUUCUUCCGGCAAAUCAUCAGCGUGUGCAAAACAAAACUUAGUGGUCUCACUUGUGAAAGUUCCCCAUAAGCGUUUGACAUUUUAUGAAAAUCUCUAAAAUUUUCAGCUAUCAGAAUAGCAAAUUGACCGGGUUGUAUUAAUCUUGGCCUUUUGGGCUUUGUGAAAAUCUAUACUUCUACUGAAAAAUUUGGUCAUUGGAUGUGAUAUCAUUUGUUCGGACAUGAUAUUUUAUCCAACGCAAGGUGAAGCUACUGAUAAGUUAUUACGGACGUCAAGAGAAAGGUUUUAGGUGGUGAUAAUAACUCGGUCGGUGUGUUUUCGAACUUUCAUUGCAUGAUUUUGUCCGAAUGUAUGUUGCACAAGUUCAAUCAACACUUACUUUGACAUAUUAUAAUUAUUAAAAUUUCACUGAGGUUAGGAUAUUUCAAACCACGGUAAUCGUCAGCGAAUUCUAGUAUUUGGUUUUGUCCCUUAAGGAGACUAGCGUUUCCUAUCAGAAUCGGACGCAUUGCACCCAGUGCUACAGUCCAAAAUGUUAUGACAGCUAUUUUGAUCACGACGGAGCUCUCAUAAAACUGAAGUACUACAGAAUUUUAUGUGUUUUUCGUAAGUAACAUUGACUUGUAAGACUGUUACCUAUUUAUAUCUGUUCAGAUGUAUACAUCACUUUAUCUUGUUUACAGAAAUAUAUAACUAGGAGCGUUUUUAAAGCCUAAUGUUUUGAAAACUCAAAGAACGACUAGUCAUAUAUUCCUGCAAACAAAAGCAUACUGUGGGAAUUUAAAUAAGCAAUUUUGCUAUAUAUCACUGUUCCCGUGUUUUAGUGAGUUUCGAUAUUCAUACAGAAGCAUAUUAGUUGACGAACAAAUUGAUACAACUUAGUGUUUUUCAAGUUUUACACGCAUUCAUAAUUAAAAAUAACACAUAAAAACUAAUCCGUCUAUUUAUCUGCAGGAUACCUUUGCGGCGUAUAAUAUGUUCAUCGUAAAAGUGUUAAAUGUAUUUAUUUUAGCAUAUUUUGUCUUGGAAAGGUAAGAGGAAAUGUCGCGGAGGAAUAGCAAAGUAAAGUUAGUCUUCAAUGAUUUAUAGAAAAUAACUGAAGGAAUUCAUUUGGCUGUUACUAUUACAAAUAAAGAACCUCUCAGCGUUGUAACACAGAUUCCGUCUAAAAGGUAUGAGCAUUAAGUUUGGCGAGGGAGAAAAUCGAUAAUCGAAAAUCAGAUAAUUGUCCCAGUGUUACAAGAUUGUUAACAUAAAGAGUGGAACUGAGGAAAAAAUGAUGAAAAUUUCAAGACUUUACUUUAAGCUAUUUUGAUAAUAAACGCGACAUUUUAAAUAUUCGCGAUGAGUUUUUGUUAUACUUUUUGAUUUUUUUUAGUAGUACGUCACUUAAAAGCGUAUAAGGUUCAAACUAAGAAUGACGGCUCAAGCAAAUAGAAAAUAAAAUAAACGAAACAAUGCCUGAUUACUGUAAUGAGGACGACUCAAAACAAAUAGAGAGUGUUACCAUGCAUGGAGUCCAUAGAAUUCACCCUAAUGAUGUGGGACUAGAUGUAGCCUCACUUAAAAUUAUUGAGUUGUCUAAAAAGAUUAGGGAAUUGAAUGCUGCACUUGUUAGUGAACGAAACAGAUGUAAUAACUUGUGUCAGGUAGUCAGAAAAUUGGAAUCUGAAUCAGCUAGCUUAUCAAAUAAAGAUGUUAUUUGUAGUUUGUGUAAGCAGAACAAAAUAACAACUAACGAAAAAAUCGACAAUACAUCAGAGAGUGCAGGACAAGAGAAAAAAAUUAAAAAAAUGGAAUCUGUUGUUUUAGAAUUACGUCAAAAAGUUCAAACUUUAAAUCAUGAUUUACUAUUAGCUAAAAAAGUAGUCGAGGCAGAAACCGGCGAAAUUAUACCAAAUAUAAACAUUUGGCUAACAAAUUUAAAAUUAAAAACAGAAGGAACAUAUGGUACUUGGCGUGGUCGACAACAACAAAUAACUGCAUUAAAAAAUCGAAUCGCAAAAUUACAAUCACAGCUUGCCUUAAAAGCUUCUUCUUGCACAGAAGUUUUAAUUAACAAAGACAAUAUAGAAAAUGAAACAUUUUCCGGUGCAACUUUCUUUGGUAUCAACUAUUUUCAAGAUGAUGAUAAUAAUCUUGAUCUUCAAUCGCCUAAAGUUAAUCAUACUAUUGAACAAAAUGAAAACAAAAUAUCCACUAUUAUUCAACUACAAGAUGAAAAGAAACGUUUAGAGGAAGAUAAUGAUGUUACUAAGAAAAAUCUUCAAAAGACAAAAUUACGUAUUAACAAUUUAUUACAAGAACAAAAAGAAUUAAAACAACAAAUUUUAUUUUUAAUAAAAAAAGGAAAACAUGAUGAUGAAUUAGUUGAAUCAUUAGUUCAUCGUAACGAAGAUCUACAAAAUGAAUUAAAUAGAAUGAAUCAAAUAAAUAAAGAAAAAGAUGAUGAAAUAGAAAAAUUCAAUGAACAACAAUCAAAUCUAAAACAAAGAAAAGAUAUAGAAAUUAAAAGACUAGAAGAAAUAAUUAUUGAGAAAAACCAGUUAAUUGACAACAUGAAUGAACGUCUUACUACAGUCAAUCAAAUACAUUUGGAUAAAUCAGAACAUGAAGUAAUCACUGAAACCAAUGAUAUAAUACAAUCUAAUUUCAUUCAUUCUUCACAAUGUGAUCAACUUUGUGAUCCUGAUCAUAUUAAAAGUUUGACAAUUGAACGGGAUGGAUUAGUAAAAUUAAUAGAAAAUAUGGAAUCUAGAAUUGAAGAACUUGUAAAUGAAAAGAUGAAACUGGAACUGGAAAAUACUGAACUAACACGAAAACUUACUGGAAAACCAAUUAUAAACAAUCAAUCUUUAUUGAUCAAUGAAAAAUCAAUAAAAUCGAUUAAUAAUAAUCAUAAUGAUAAUGAAGAUGAUCAAUUAUUUCAUUAUCUUACCAAUGAAAAUUAUAUAAAAAAUUUAUUUUUAAAAUGUUCAUCAUUAUCAUUAUCAUCAAUGAAGAUAAUAACAAAAUAUAUAAAACAAUUUCAAAUGAUUUUAAUUAAAUAUCAUAAUGAAUUAAUGAAUUUAAAAAAUAAUAUUAAAUUAAUAUUAAAUUAUCGUAAUGAUGAUUUUAAAUUAAUGAUGAAUAUAAUUGAUGAAUUAAGACAACAACAACAACAACAAGGACAACAACGGCAACGGCAGCAGGAACAACAAGAACAAGAACAACAGCAGAGACAACAACAACAAAAACAAGGACAACAACGGCAACGACAGCAAGAACAACAAGAACAAGAACAACAGCAGAGACAACAACAACAAAAACAAGGACAACAACGGCAACGACAGCAAGAACAACAAGAACAAGAACAACAGUAG